AUGGAUCGAGGACAACUUGUAUGUCUAUUUGGCCGAGAGCACCACAAGCAGUAUGCGGGCGUCUACGGCAAGUGGCGGGCCUGGGCGAAGAGACAGGGUUGGGCGACGGAGUUCCUCGACAAGUCGUUGCCGGCGGAGGAGAACGAGAACAAGCUGCUGAGCUUCCUUGGUUAUCUGUUGGGAGCCUCACCGGCAACGUUGAAACAGGCGGUGUUCGCCAUCAAGGAUGGCCACAAGAGAAGCGGCCAGGGCGACCCCACCGAGAAGAUGUUCCGCCUGUGGAUGUUGCUGGGGGGCCCUGGACAAAAGGAGAAGUUCGACGCGAUCAUGAUCGAGGCAGCGGUGCUUAUGGCAUGGUUUUUCAUGCUGAGGGCCAAGGAGUACUGCGAGUCGAACGGCAUCGAUUACGGCAUGAUCCUACGGGGGACGGACCUGAAGUUCCUGGAUGGCCCCGACCAUGGCGACCAGCUAGGGGUCACCAGGCAGUUCCGUAAGACAAAAACGGACCAGGAGGCCUACGGGACAUGCAAGACCAUGUACGAGUCGGACAUCUCUGGGAUAUGCGUGGUGACGGCCCUCCUCGAGUACCGCAGCAUCGCCCCUCAGCGCUUUGACAAAGGGUCCGAAUCAGAAGCUCUACAACCACUGUUCAGGUGGUCGGGAGGCCAGAUGCUGAAGCGCACACAGGUGCAAGACUUGCUGCAACGAGCAGCACGAGGCAUCGGACUCCCGCCCGAACGUUUCAGGUCGCACUCCUUGCGAAUCGGAUGA